CGCCGGGCCUCCCCGGGCGCCCAGUGCGCAGGCGCGGGCGGUGAGCUCCGACCGUGCGCCGGGCUCGAGCGCGGUCGGAGCGCGAGGCGGCGGCAGCGGCCCCGCGGACUGACGGACGGGCGGACGGACCCACCACGCGCCAUGUCGCCCUGCACCUACUGAACUCCGAGCGCGCGAGGAUGUCUGCGCUGAGGAAGGCUUUGGCACCACGUGAGGCGCGGCCAUAAGCCCGGCGCGGUUUCAGAGCACCUGCCGCUGGACGCCCUCGGCCUGCACCCAGCCCAGCCGUGAUGGGGACUGCUCAGGUUUUGCCUGGCAUUUUGCAGAAGCAUUGCUGUAUCUUACCAGACAGGAAUACAGAGUCCCAGUGCACCCUCUGCGGGGAGCCGGAAGAGGAAGAGGGCGGGGACCUGGUCCAGCCCAGCAUCAGCUUUCCGGGGCCAGCAGAGGAGGAUCUAGACCAACAGUACUCAUGGUCCCCGACACAGCACUUCAACGAAGGAAGAUACUCCCCUGCUCCUAGGAACAUGAAGGGGCUACCCGGGGGCCGGACUCAGGCGCAGCUGUGUUCGGGCCACACCUGUGGCUUGGCGGCCCCCGAAGACUGCGAGCACGCACACGAGCACCUGCACCAUGGGCAGGAGGCAAGGCAGCCCUACCUGCUCAGCCCCAUGGAGAGCUGCCCCAUGGACCACCACCGCUGCUCCCCCGGGAGCUCCGUCCACUCUGAGUGCAUGAUGAUGCCCGUGGUGCUGGGCGACCACAUGUCCAGCAGCACCUUCCCCAGGAUGCACUACAGCUCCCACUACGACACGAGAGAUGACUGUGCUGUGUCCCACACCAGCACCAGGGUCAACCGCAUCCCCGCCAACCUUCUGGACCAGUUUGAGAAGCAGCUUCCUCUGCACCGGGACGGGUUCCACACGCUGCAGUACCAGAGGACCUCCACGGCCGCAGAGCAGCGCAGCGAGAGCCCUGGGAGGAUCCGGCACCUCGUGCACUCGGUCCAGAAGCUCUUCACCAAGUCCCACUCCCUGGAGGGCGCUUCCAAGAGCAACGUCAAUGGCACCAAGGGCGAUAGCCGACUGGAGGACCACCACCACGGCCACCACCCUAAGCACGGCAAGCGGAGUAAAAGCAAGGAGCGGAAGCCUGAGGGCAAGCACAGGUCAGGCGCGAGCAGCUGGUGGAGCUCCGAUGACAACCUGGACAGUGACAGCACCUGCCGCACGCCCAGCGUGGCCAACAGGCACCAUGCGGACCGUGUCUCCCACUGCUACCCCGAGGUGCUGCCGGGCCCCUUCGGGGAUCUGUCCCUGAAGACAUCCAAGAGUAACAGUGACGUCAAGUGCUCGGCCUGUGAGGGCUUGACCAUGACGCCCGACACCAAGUACAUGAAACGGAGCUCCUGGUCCACACUGACUGUGAGCCAGGCGAAGGAGGCCUACCGCAAGAGCUCCCUGAACUUAGAUAAGCCCCUGGUCCACCAGGAGGUCAAGCCGUCCCUGAGGCCAUGCCACUACCUGCAGGUGCCUCAAGACGAGUGGGCAGGGUACCCCACGGGCACCAAGGACGAGGAGAUCCCCUGCAGGAGAAUGCGAAGCGGUAGCUACAUCAAAGCUAUGGGCGACGAGGAGAGUGCGGAGUCCGACUCCAGCCCCAAGACGUCUCCCACGGCGGCCAUGCGGCCAGAGCCCCUGCUCAAGCCCAUCGGACCCAGGCCACUAGCAGACCUCCAAACCCAGAGCUACCUGCAAGCUGCAAGCGACGUGCCUGCCAGCCACAGCCUGGACCCCUCGGCCAGCUACAACUCCCCGAAAUUCCGCUCCCGGAACCAGAGCUACAUGAGAGCCGUCAGCACCCUGAGUCAGGCCAGCUGUGUGAGCCAGAUGAGCGAGGCGGAGAUGAACGGGCAGUUCGAGUCGGUGUGUGAGUCCGUCUUUAGUGAAGUUGAAUCCCAGGCCAUGGACGCUCUGGACCUCCCCGGAUGCUUCCGAACGAGGAGCCACAGUUACCUUAGAGCCAUCCAAGCCGGCUACUCCCAGGAUGAUGAAUGUAUUCCGGUCAUGAUGCCCUCCAACACCACCUCAACCAUCCGAUCCACAGCAGCCGUCUCCUAUGCGAAUUACAAGAAAACGCCGCCGCCCGUCCCCCCACGCACCACCUCCAAGCCUCUGAUCUCGGUGACCGCACAGAGCAGCACAGAAUCCACACAGGAUGCCUACCAGGACAGCCGCACGCAGCGGGCGUCCCCGUGGCCCCAGGAUAGCCGCAGCCUCUACAACUCCACGGACAGCCUGGACAGCAACAAGGCCAUGAGCCUUGCCCUGGAGACGGCCGCGGCCCAGCGCCUUGCCUCCGACAGCCAGAGCAGCUCCGUGCGGACCAGCGACAAGGCCGUCCUGGUGUCCAAGGCCGAGGACUUCCUCAAGAGCCGGCGCUCCUCCAUCGGGAUCCAGGAUUCUGAAUUCCCAGAGCAUCAGCCAUACCCAAGGUCAGAUGUGGAAACAGCAGCAGACUCUGACACAGAGAGCCGAGGCUUGCGAGAAUACCACUCUGUCGGCAUCCAGGUGGAAGACGAGAAGCGACACGGGCGUUUCAAGCGUUCUAACAGUGUGACGGCCGCCGUCCAGGCGGACUUGGAGCUGGAGGGCUUCCCGGGACACGUCACCAUGGAGGACAAAGGCCUGCAGUUUGGGCCCUCCUUCCAGCGGCAUUCAGAGCCCAGCACGCCCACCCAGUACGGGGCCGUAAGGACUGUUCGGACCCAGGGGCUCUUCAGUUACAGAGAAGACUAUAGGACCCCCGUGGACACUGGCAGCCUGCCACCACCCGACCCCUGGCUGGAGCCGUCCAUCGAGACAGCGGGGACGGGAAGGGUGUCCCCAUGCCGGAGGGACGGCUCGUGGUUUGCGAAGCUGCUGCACACAGAGACAAAGAGGCUGGAAGGCUGGUGCAAGGACAUGGAGAGAGACGCGGAGGAGAACGACCUCUCAGAGGAAAUCCUCGGUAAAAUCAGGAGUGCGGUGGGGAGUGCGCAGCUUCUGAUGUCCCAGAAAUUCCAGCAGUUUUACUGGCUGUGCCAACAGAACAUGGACCCCAGCGCCAUGCCUAGACCCACAUCCCAGGACCUGGCGGGCUACUGGGACAUGCUGCAGCUCUCCAUCGAGGACGUCAGCAUGAAGUUCGAUGAGCUGCACCAGCUGAAGCUCAACGACUGGAAGAUAAUAGAGUCUCCCGAAAGAAAGGAAGAAAGAAAGGUACCCCCUCCGAUACCAAAGAAGCCCCCCAAAGGGAAGUUUCCCAUCACGAGAGAAAAGUCCCUGGACCUGCCAGACAGACAGCGUCAAGAGGCCCGGAGGCGGCUCAUGGCAGCCAAGAGGGCAGCGUCCUUCCGCCAGAAUUCGGCCUCGGAGCGCGCAGACAGCAUCGAGAUCUACAUCCCCGAGGCCCAGACGCGCCUGUAGGGCCGGGGGCGGCCCUCGCCGCGGCCCUCUCUUUUCUUUAUGAAACGCUUGUACAGUUUCUCACCUACCUGGUAACUUCUGUCUCGUUUCUCCACCGAAUACGCCCUGUUGUGUUCCUUGUGCUGUACACACACUGGAAUGCUUUGAUUUCCGCAGACGGCCGAGCUCACGGCCAGAACAACUUCUUCUUCCUCUUCUUCUUCUUCUUCUUCUUCCUCUUUUCCCCCUGGAUGGUCUGACUCUCAGUCAGCUCUGAUGGCUAGGCAUGGGGACACCUAACCGAUCCACUCUGUUCUCAGAGGAUAACAAGAAACACCUCGAGAGAUGGAACCCGGCUGACAUUUUGUUAUUUAUAUUUUUAUAAAUCGUGUGAUAAAUAGAGGCAAGAAUAACAAAUAGCAAUCAAUGGGUGCAUCUCACCACUCACUAGACACCCCAGUGGAAGGUGCUCCAGCUCGAAGGGCAGGAAAGACAGACCCCCCCCACCCCCUUUCACCUGGGGGUGCUUCUCCCCGAAUCCAGCUGACCCAUUGCCAGGGUCCUUGUGCCAAGUCUAUGGUGAUGAGAAGCCAUCUCUCCAGCCCCCCAGCUCCCUGCCAUGCAGUUCUCCAGAAACCCGGGGGAUUCCACGUCUGAACCCAUUAAAAAAAUACCCAGCACAGCAUCUACACAAUCAAAAAAUACGCUGACUGUUCAUUCACACAAGGGAGUGACACAUGAAAAGAGAUCAAAGUCUUACAAAAGGCUGGCUUGUCCCGUAGCAGGUGUCUGAAAAGAAACAGCAUGGCCCUUAUUGUGAUGCAAGAGUCAUUGUAUGUCUUAUUCCUUUGUAACUUAUAUCACACAGUCUCGUCUUCUAAGUGUUCCCAUUUAUGUACAUGUGAUUUUUUUAUAGAUGUGUAUUUAUUCUCAAACUGCUCUAUCGGUUGACUCUCCAGGGUACCCUUAAGAAAAAAGUUUGCUUGUUUAAAGUGACACUUGUGAUGUUGUAAAAAGUUUAAGAAAUAUGAAUGUGAGUGGUAAGUAUAUCUCAGUUUAAAUGGUAAAGAAGAAAUGUAGUUUACAUUUGUAUUUUUCCAGAAUUCUUUUGUCCUAUGCAGUAUUGUUAAAGUCAAGAAUCUAUUUCUUGCCUGUUUUAGACAUGACGGGGAAAAAAAAAAAGGUCACAUAUGGUGACUUCCAGCUGUGGACUUUAAGAAAAGUAAUUAGUUUUCAUGAUUGGCACCAGAGAAAAGCAGGAAGGAUUCAAAUGAAAAGGGUUUGCAUUUGUACAAUUCGAUGUAGACGCAGUGACCGUCAUUCCAAUGCUUUGCGUGUCCCUGUUCGGGCACGUCGUCGGAGGAAGAGCCUGUCCCGUUUCUCUGUCGGAUCCCAAACUUGGAGUCCUCACUGUCACGCAAGGUGAAAGCAGGACUGCACCUGAAGGCGGGUGUGUCCCCCCGAACACAGGCCUCCCUGUGGCCCUACGGCACCAAGAGCAGCCCCGGCUUCCCCACUGUAGCACUUUCUUUCCUCAGCUUGACCGGCACUUUAAAUGUACCCAGCUCCCACUGCAGCCUGGUGACCUCGCCGAGAGCGUUCGGUGAGGUCCUGGCCCCUACGGGUGUUGGCUCAGCCUGCAGUUUUUCCUUUUCCUCACACUCUACAUUCCACGAAGCAUGGGGUUCAUCGGAGCACAGUUGAUAGUAAAGCAUGUUUAGCUUCAAAGUUUUACUUUUUUAAAGCUGAGUAGUUAAGAAUUCCCUGUAAGAACAAAACCCUGUAAAUUGAGCCUCAUAUUUGGUAUAUCUUACCAAACAGCCUUAAAAUAUAUUUGGAAGCAAAAAUCAGUACGAAUGUAUAUCCUUGAAAAAUGCAAAAAAAAAAGAUCCCUGAAAUAUUCUUCUAUAAAUGAAUCCUAUUUCCCCAGAGUAUUCAAAACAUUUUUUUUCUACCUAAGUAAAUACCUAAAUCCUGAGUAGUGCACAAUAAUGAUGCUUCUUCCUGUAUUCACUAUACUCUGUUAAAAACAAAUGUACUUGCAAGUAUUGGCAUUUUAGACUUUAAAAAAAUGAUGUAUCAUUUAGGAUGAAAUGCUCUUCAGAAAUCACCCCAGAGAAGUAAAGUCGGUGUAGACCCCUUGGUAAGAGGAAAUGGGAAAUGCAUACACGUACGCCAGCCUGCUGAUACAUCUGUAUCUCCGGCAGCCGGUGCAUUUUAUCCCAUUUCCUUGAGCUCGCCCAAAACAUAGAACAAAUUAUAAAAUUAGACAAUAAUUAUUCUAGAUCCCAGAUUCUCUGAUCCUGUCUUGAAUGAAAGUAUUCGCUGAAUCUGGCUUUCCUUUCUUUUUUUUUUUUCUUCUAUGUUUUGUAUCCUCAUUUUUAUCCUAAAAUCCCCAAAAGUUUUGGCUGAAACCACCCCGAAAUGAGCAAAUGAACCUACCACCAAACCUGACGGCAGCCAUUGAUUGGCGCUGGGGGACGUGUACGAGCCCCUGCGUGGUCCACCGAGUCCCAAAGAAGGCCAUGUGACGGACGCACACCCAGUGUUGCGGCUCCGAGGCGGUGCUCCCUGUCACGCUCCAUGACUAAGUGCAAUAUCUGCAGUUCCCGCCCAGGCGACAUUCCACUCCGAGAUGCAGACGAUAAGCCAUGUUUACACACUGUACAUGUAAAGAACAAUAAAGCUGUUUCUAGUACUUGUGUCAGUCAGUCCAGCCGGCUUCUUUCAGGUCCUGCUUGCACAUACACCCUACAGAGCAACAGUGUGGCCUUUCACCGCGGUUGCUGGUAGUUUCACUAAGUGAUUGUGUGUCCGCUUGAGAGCAUGGUGGGAAAUGCAAGUGCACCGCGCUCCGGGGGCGUCGUGGACGAAAGCGCAGGCUUCUCUCUGACUGCGUAGCUCCAUUCCUGAAGACACAGCGUACCCGCCGUGACUCUGCGUUAGAAACGAUUUGGCUCACAGCGGCGAGCUGACGCGGCCCCCUGAAGCCUUCGGUUCGCUCUCAACACCGAGACACGAGUAAGAUACACAGCAUCCUGCGGCUCCACAAAGCCCGGAGGAGCUGAACGUCACUUGUCCACAGAGCACUUUCGACGUAACCCUCUCACGCAUCCUCAUCUGUCAUUGCCAUGUGUCGCGUGUUUGCCCGUAACGAUUGUUACCAUGAUCUUCUCAGCAAAUGUGGAGACCCAUCCUUGAACGGUGUGUAAAGAAUGGAACUGUUGUAUGAUACCAAAAAUUCACAUUUCUGUUUGAAAAGAAUUGUUGCUGCGUUCACCUCAAAGACUUCUAGAGCAUUAAAUAGUAAAGUGUACCAUUGGAGAAAACAAUUACAUCUAAGGGUCCCUCUUUAAAAAAAACAGAGCCACAAAAUCAGUGACCUGCAAUGUAGAGGGCCUCGCCGUGCAGGCUCCCACGGAAGCAGCCAGACCUGCCAUCGGAAGACAACCAGUUGCCCAACUCGCCAGUGUGUAGGCCGCCGUCACUGCUUUGCAGUCGGCGUCCUGCCCGCCCCACCUCGCCAUUUGCCUCUCCACGCACGGUCUCUCUCGCUCGAGUCCAAAGACCCCACGCUGCGUGCUUGCUCCCCCGUGGGCCACCCCACUGCCAGGCCCUGGCAGACACCCCCGCCCCACCCCAAUCUGGGACGGUCUCUCAGGACGGUCUGACACUGCAGCCGGUUGGUCAAGGUGCCCGUGGUGACCGCGGAGUGUGCGCCCAUCAGGGCAGCUCUCUGCUUUGGGCCAGAGCUCCUGGUGGCGAGGAGGGAGGGGGGACAGGGGAUCGUGUCUUCGCCAGAAGGUCAGUCAAACCAGACCUCGUGUGGCCCGGGGAUUCGGAGGCCCGGGGAGCAUCCUAGGGGGGACACAGCCGGGGCUGAGCUGCUUCUGCUGGAAGAGCAACCAGCCUUGUGCCCAGAACCCGUAGUGGACAGAAGGUCCAGCCACCGUAUCUGGAAUCGGCUUAGGAGCACGUGUGUCCCCAGGCUGAACAGAGCGGCCAGGCUGGUGUUUGUGAGCAUGGGGACCCCCGCUCUCAGUGGGGUCAGCAGCAGAAAACGUCUGCACGAGACAGGUCCGGCCUGCAUGCACCCGUGUGGGAGGGCUCCCAGGUACGGCGUUUGACCCCACUUCUGAAAACUGGAACACUCCUGCCAACAAGCAUAGGUUCCGGUCCCCCCAGAACCGGGUCUAGAUGGCUAAAUUCUACCUGUUUCCAUUUGCUGCUUUCUUCUCAAGCCUUGACCGCUGAUCUUUUUUCUCUUUCUUUUGCAAAUUUAACUUACUAAUCAGGUAGUUGCUGACCAUGGUUUCCAAUCCGUACCCCCUUGGAACUUCCUGAGGUUCUCUCUAUUGUUUUUAUCUGCACCUUUGUUUACACUCGUGUGAAAGUUUGGGUCGAAUACAGGAGUCCAGAACUUGAAAACAGAUUAGAAAACCACAAGCGGAAGAGCUGGAGAAUGUGGUCGGCUGCUGAGUGCUAACCCUCUCCCCCCGAGUAGUGGUUGGAGCACCAGGCAUUGCUUCGCUCGGUGGCCGGUGUGGUCUGUGACUGCAGGGCCCACGCCUUCGCUGCAGGGCCCGCCUGCCGGCCGGGCCUUACUGACACUCAGUGAGGCGCGGGCGGCGAACGGAGGGCUGGAGGAGAGGUGCCUUGCACGCGCCCUGCUACUUGCCAGGUGCAGAGUAGCUGCAGAAUGUUUGGGAAAUGAAUGGCCAGCUCAGAAUGGCCGGACGGCCGGUCCAACAACCUGGCUCCUGGUCAUAUGUCAGCCAGACGAAACUUCACGUCUGUUUUCUCCUGUCUCUCAUCUCCCUCGCAGAUGGCUUACGAAGACUGAUGUCAUGUGAGCUCUCAAGCCCUCCAAGCUCCUUGGGAGCAGGGGUGAGCGUGGGAGCGACCCCUGAGGUGCCACGGCCCUCGCCCCAACAAUCCUCCCCACCAGGCGUGCGAUGCUUGCAAACGUCGGGUCCCUUCAUAAAUAUCCGAAAACCAGCGCCAGCCAGAAUCAGGCCACGUUUUCACUGUUACUUAAGCUCAGCCGCAUGUUAGAUGGGCGGAGAGACAUCCAGUGAAACGUUGCAGGGAUGAAGGAGAACGUAAUUCGGGAGCGCACCAAGAACGCAAUCAGACAGACUGACCUAAAUCGCUAAAAGUUUGCGAAGCUACCCCUCUAAGUCCAGCUUUUUGUAAUUAUUCUCUUUCACUCUUCAGAGAAUGCAGAAGUGGUCCGUGGGAAUGCUCCAAGAAAGAACCACCUUUUUCAUCCCGCAACAUUGAAAAGUAUCCAUAAGUUUAUGAGUUGCUGCCCUUACCUUGGCCUUUUCAUCCAGCAGUAAAAAGAAAGUAUUUCAAAGCGCCAGUCUAAACACACGACAGACGACUUCUUUGCAGAGGAAAUGUGAGUUACCUACUAUAACACUACUUUUUAAAAAGAUUUUGUAUAUACACUAACUAAGGUAACAGAGGUUUACCGCCCUACUUUCUUAGGUUUUAUGUGACUCUUCAUCAUGGGUGCUUUUUCCGAAUCUGAGAGCUUGGGGGUCCAAGCUCUCGCGUACUCAAUGGGGGAGAGGUGAUGAUGACAGACGUGUGCCAGGUUCUUGUGCCAACUUAAGUACAAAUUUAUCUCGUUCCAGUAGACGGUAGUCUCCAUAGACAGCGUGCUCUACCCUCCUGCUAACAUGCCACAACCGAAGCGCUAAGGCCGUGGGUGUGUGGUACCUUCCAGAGGCCACCCACCCACUCUGAUUUUCCCCAAACUCACCACCACCACCCAGCCCCCGCCAUUCCAGCGUUAGGAUCAUAUCACGUUAAAAGGGCUCAGCAUGUGUGUCUCUCCCUCCACGUGAUCACUGGUUUGCUGAAUUCAAGGGUUUCCCCCACCAGUAGGAAGUCCUAGGCUACUUUUGAACUCUGAUUUCCAAAUGCUAAGUCACUUUCCUCUUGGACAGGCCCUUCCUGUCUAGAGACCAAUUCAUAAUCCCCCUCCAUGUUACAUGCCAAAAUACCCAGGUGUGGCCUAAGGACUAAAUUCAAUGCCUCCUAUAGAAAUUCAAGGAAUGUUAGAACCAGGAAACUAGAUGUUUAGUUAAAGUUUAAAAAAAAAGUAUAUAAAUAUAUAUAUAUAAAUAUAUAUACAUAUGAAAUCAUAUCAACAAUGAGGAUGAACAGAGUGCCAAAUAUUCGACAUCUGUACAAAGUUUCCCCUCACUGGAAUUAAAGUAUUUUAUGUAAUUCUCUUUCUCAUGCUUUUAUGGUUCUUUUGAUAAAUUCUAUUUAGUAGCAUGCAGGAUACCUGAUCUGAAUGUACAGUAUACGCUCUCCAUCACCACCACUCCUUGCUUCUGGUUAAUAACUUCUUAUCAGAAUGUUGGUCAUUUCUUUGAGGCUCCACCAUGUUCUGUUAUUUGAGUUCUCUGUGUCCAUGACUAUUUUUUUUCACUCUCAGACGAUUAUAAGGAAAUCACGCCCACCGUGCUCUCCAUAACUCUUCUAUGAUGAUGCCGCUCUCAUUUGAUUUCUGUAUUGCUGAUGUUCACCUCUUGUAAAUAGUUCUGCAAUUAAAUUUUUUGAGAAAAGUAAUGUUUACUUUUUAUUGGAGUGAAUUCUCGUGUUAUUUUAAACUCGGAAAAAAUUAUAUAGACCAAAGAGUUUUAUCACAGAACAAUGGCACCCUUCCCCCAUGAUUUAUUUCAUUGUUGAAAUAUCCUCACUUUCUCUACUAAGAAGAAAUGGACA